GUAGCCGGCCGGCCACCGCUGUGACUCAGCUUGGGAACUUGUCUGCACCCCCCAAAACGCUGACCCGGAGCAGUCGCCAGCCUCGGGGACAGGGCGAGAGAAGGCAACGCAGUGCGCACACACACAGCCUUUGCACAGCCAGCCAGCCAGCCUAUAAUCUGUACCCAGCACAAACCAAGCCUGCUGGGAGAGCUGUAACCUCCCUACCAUCCAUCCCUUCAUCCAGCUGCAAGCCUCUGUCUGUGGAGUAUAGAGCUCAGCAUCCUUCAUCUGCCCAGGAUUUCAGGACUGCAUUUAUAAGCCAUUCUAACCAAGGUUCAUCUGCUGACUAGAGCUGGCACACAGGAUCACAGUAGACAUGGGUAGGAAACUGGAUCUUUCUGGGCUGACAGAGGAUGAAGCUGAGCAUGUCCUUCAAGUCGUUCAGCGAGACUUUAGCCUUAGGAAAAAAGAAGAAGAACGAUUAAGUGAACUGCGGCAAAAACUGGAUGAAGAAGGUAACAAAUGCUCCAUCCUGUCGAAGCAGCAAAAGUUUAAUGAGCACUGCUGCAUUCGAUGCUGUUCCCCCUUCACGUUUCUCAUCAACUCCAAGAGGCAGUGCCUGGAUUGCAAGUUUAAUAUCUGUAAAAACUGCAGUGCCUAUCAAAAGAAAGAAAAGGCUUGGAUCUGCAAUGUCUGCCAGCAAACAAGACUUUUGAGGACUCAAUCUCUAGAAUGGUAUUACAACAAUGUGAAGAGUCGAUUCAAGCGUUUUGGUAGCGCCAAGGUUCUAAAGAAUUUGUACAGGAAGCAUAGAUUGGAGAGUGGCGCCUGCGCAGACAUUACAGAAGGAAGUUACAUUGAUGAAAGUUUAGAAAAUGAAGGAAGUAUUUGUGGAAGUGACUCCACAUUCUACAGACAAACGCAAGGGCACAGUAUGAUGGAUACCCUUUCAGUGGCCUUGCGUGUGGCAGAAGAAGCUGUAGAAGAAGCAAUUGCCAAAGCUGACUCCUGUAGUGAUAGUCUGGAUAAACAGAAUGAGGCAUGUUAUUUACGAGAACAUAAGGAAGAACUCAUUGAAGAACUUGCCACAACCAUCGUACAAAAGAUUAUUAAGAGGAAGAAAAGCAAAGCUGACCAGGCUGAAAAUAUUUACGAAUGGCAGGAACAAAGAAGCAGUGUAUUAACAUCACCAUCUGUGUCUGACCGGAGUAUGCUCACCCUUCACGAAAACAAUAGAGGUUCAGAGGCAUUGUGGAGAUCUCACUCUGCAUUUUCUCUGAUGAGUGAAGACAUGGCUAGCAACGGGGCUGAUAUGAAAUGUGUCACACCUGAAAUCUUGUGUCGACCACCUGGAAGCCAUAAUAAAAGACUGAAAGAACAUAGACCCUCAACACUACCCAGCUGGAAAAGUGUGGACAGCCUAUACGAUUCAAGUCCAUCACCUGUCCUACAAAGCUCAGAUGGAAAUUGGGUAGCAUUACAGAGUAUAACUUUGCCUCCACCCAGAAUGCUAGCACAACCAAAAAGUCAAGUGUUUAAGUCUUUAGAAAAUGAGUCAAGUGUUGUAUCAGCUUAUGAUGAGAUGGGUUCUGAUAGUGGUGAAGAGGUUGACUGGGGCAUGGCUCUCAAUGCCUAUCGACAUAGAACAAGACACAUUUCUGAUGACUCAUGUUAUACAGUCUCCCAAUACAAUGCCGAAUGGGCAUGCAGCAAUGACUAUUAUCAUCCUGUGACAUCCCCAUCAUCCGGGCUAUACACGAACACUGAAACUGUAUAUUCUGAUUCAGAAACCUCCUCAGUUAAUUCCAUAAAGGACGUUAGGCAAUCAGCAAGGUCUAUCUGGCCAAACAGGAAAGCUCCAGGUGAACAGAUGCAUGGAAAGAUGGAUAUUAACUUUAACCCACAGUCCAUGAGUAUGGAAUUUUCAGACAGUAGUGAGGCUGAGAAAACCCAUUAUGAUGUGGAGAAAAGAUCCCGGAGGUGGAGAAAAAACAAAAUGACAAUGGAAGAGAUAAGUGAAGGAAGUAAUUUACUUAAAAUGCAGAAGAAAACUGUGGGGCCUAAUAAGGGUUUCAGUGACUUAUCAGAAACAGAUAUGAGCAGUGGAGAUCAGCAACAUAGAAUAGAGACUGAUAAUCUUGAACAAAAACUCAAGACACGAUUAUCUGAAUUAACAUCAAAGAUGAGUGACAAAGAAACUUCUUCUGGGGAGGAUCAAGAUUUUGAGCCAAGAAUAGACUCUUCAAACCACGAGAUACUGUCAUCCGAAGAACAUAGCAUGUGCAUACAAGAAGAGCUUAAGAAGGAAAAGCAUCAGGCUUUAGAACAUCAUUUAAAACUACAGUUUUUGUCCUCCGCACUACAACAGAAGUACUCUGCUGUGUCUCUCUGCAACAUAUCAACACAAGUCCUUAAAGUCAUCAAUGCAACUGAGGAACUGAUAACUGGAUCAUCAGAUCCGUGGGAUUCCCAACCAAAUACAAAUGAUCGAGGAGCUUUUCCUAUAGGUGGUGACCCUGCCAGACUAGAUGAACAACUCACCAAACUGGAAGAAAAUGUGUACCUCACUGCUGGCACAGUGUAUGGGUUAGAAGGACAACUCAAUGAGAUUGAAGACUCAGCACGUAAAAUCAACAGUGUUACCACUGAAUUAGAACUUGCCGACCUUGAAGAUCAAGUAGCAACAGCAGCGGCUCAAGUGCAUCAUGCUGAGCGUCAGAUUUCAGAUAUUGAAAGUAGGAUAUCAGCUCUUUCAGUUGCUGGAUUAAAUGUUACACCUUGCGUGAGGCUGACAAGAAGACGGGAGCAGAACAACACUAAUCAGAUACAAACAAUAGACUCAUCUAGACAACAGAGGCGAAAGUUGCCCGCAACUCCCCUGCAAGAUGAAGAACCUGAAAUCCCCACAAUCACUGUAAUGAGAACAUUUAAUAGGAACUUUGUGCUGCAAGGAUCCUUGACUCAACGAACUAAAGAACGGAAAAGUACUGCCAAGGACAUCAUGGAACCAACUAAAGGCUCAAGUGUAAUGUAUUAAAGACAUGGUUAAACUGCCAAUAGUAUGUUCCUAAAGCUGUACACAAGAGUGCCUUUAUUUAACAGCCAUUACGAUCUCCGAGAAAUGGAUCCUUGUGUGAAGCUACAAUGCCUUGGUAGCAACGCUUUUUUGUUCCGAUACCUCAUUGGAAAUUGUCAGCAUUACGGUCGAUUUACUGAAACUCUGCCUUAAGUUUUUAGGUGACACCAUAAAAGGUUAUUGAGUUUCACAAGAAAAACUUUGUUUUAUGAUGCACUUUUUAUUUCUGUCCAAAUUCUUCUUUAAUGUGUCAAAAAACUGUUUUUUAUAUCUUUUUUUUCAAAUGUAUCCAUAUGCCAAAUUAAAUGUCAGGUCUGAAAUAUGAUGCAAUUGUUCUUGUUGUGGAAAUGUGUUCUAAACAUUUGUUAGUGUGAUAAUCGAGACAGAUAUUAUAUGGUAGCUGUGCAGUUCUUGUAACAGUUUCAAUUUUAAUUACUCCUAUAAAACAUCUAACAAAAUAAAGAUCAUGCAAUUUUACAUUUAUUCAAUUGUACUUGCCAUAUGAACCAUUUUAUAUUAUUGAUACCUAAUAGAAAAUUUAGAAACUGUAAUUUUACAAAAUGAUAUUAUCCAUGAAAUCUUCCCUUAUGCCUAAACCCUGCUUCCCCAAUAUAAGACAUACUAUCUUAUAAAAUGUCUCUGAUUCUAUAAAAUAUUGGAAUCAGAUGUAUAUUACAUCUGUAAAUUUUGUAAUAUCAUACAGACCUAGGUGGCAGGAUGAGUGUAAAACAAAGAAAGUUGCCAUGUGGCUAUUAAAGAGAGAUAGAAAAGGGAGUUUCAAAUUUUCUAGUGAAUUGAUCAUUCCGAAUUUAAGGUAUUUAGCACGGUUUUUCUUUGGAGAACAUUAGGGUAAGGCUGUUAGAAGACUAUAAGUGAAUUAUUUUAACAAUGUUAUUAUUGUCUAAAAGAAACACCAACACACUGCCUCUUGAAGCUAUGUUAAACAAAGCUUCCUUUACUUCCAUGGAAAUUAGAACAUUUUUAGAUUUCUCUAAUGCUACUUCAUCCAGAAGUUGUGAAUUUACAUUUCUAUCCAUAAACCCGUUAUGUGGUAGAAUAGAUAUUUAUGCCAUUGAAGAGAUUAACAUGUUAUAAAAUAAUAUUCCUAGCUGCCAAUUAGGUUUGCAUUUGUAUUUCCUCAUUUUGUUUUUGUUUGACUGAGGUAAGGAGAGAAGGGCAGGUAUAAUUGAAUGGCUAGUGUUAAAGCUUGCUGUAGUGGUUAUAGUCCCAGGAGUGCUCUGGCGUCCUCCCAGAGUCAUUUGUCAAAGUGUUUUGGAAUGGUUUGACAUCUUACCUGGGUUCCCUUGGGGCCCAUGUUUCCACUCUUAAAUCUGGACAAGCUGGAUAUCUUCAUUGAGCUAUGCAAACCUGAUACAAGACAGUGAUGUUUGACUGAGAACACUCAGAGCUGACACACUCAAGCAAUGAGAGCAGCUCUGCUUGGUCUUGCAUCGAUCAGAGGAGCUAACUAGUAUUUCAGGAAUGGAGAAUAUGGAAGCAGACUAUGUGGCUGGUGGGACAGUGGGUAAAUUGUCAAAUUGGUCUAAAAUGAUUAAAUGGAUUACUCGGAUUGGGAGGGUGCCAGGGCAUUUCUGGAGUAUUUAUUUAACCAACACAUUUUACUUUUCUUAAAAGCAUACUGCAUUAUGCAUGAUAUGUUUACAUGGUUUUGUUUGAACAAGUUGCUGACAUUAAAGGGACACUAUAGUCAAUAAAACAACUUUAGCUUAAUGAAGCAGUUUUGAUGUAUAGAUUAUGCCCCUGCAGUCUCACUGCUUCUCUACCAUUUAGACGUUAAUUCACUUUGUUCAUGCAGCCCUAGCCACACCUCCUUGCAUGUGAUUUACACGGCCUUCCUAAACACUUCCUGGAUAGAGUAAUCUAAUGUUUACUCUACCUUUAUUGCAAUUUCUUUUUCAUUUAGAAUGUAUUAUCUCCUGCACUGUUAAUAGUUUGCUAGACCCCGCAUGAGCCUCCUUUAUGUAAUUCAAGUUUAAUUUACAGAGCAGGAGUUAAAAGCAUUUAAAAUACAUUACAUCUGAUUGUAAAUAAAACCAUUUUAUUUUCAUGCUGGCCCUGUCUGUCAAAGCCAGGGGAGGUGUGGUUAGGGCUGCACAAACAGAAACAAAAGUGAAUUAAAUCCUAAAUGGCAGUGAAUUGAGAAAUUAAACUUCAGAGGCAUGAUCUAUACACCAAAAAUGUUUCAUUAAGCUAAAGUUGUUUUGGUGACUAUAGUGUCCCUUUAAAUAGAGUAGCCCUAUGUUACUUUAUUAUAAGUGUACUGCACUCAUGUAUGAAAUAUAUGAACAAAACUUCAUAAAGUAUAAAAAGGGGGCACAGUAAUAAAAUAUACACAUCUUUAUUGAUAAUUUAAAUGUAAAUAUAACGCAACAAAAAUAAUAAAAAUAUAUGAA